AGGCUGUUAUUAUUGCCUCUGAACAGCUCCGGCCGCGCCAGAGGCUGCGCUUGGGGUAAGUGUGGUUGCAGCAGCAGCAGCAGCAGCGGCGGCGGCUCUGGCUCUGGCUCUGUGGACUCUGCUGCUACUGCAGUAGCAGCCGCCGCCGCCCCUUCUUUGCGGAUUGUUUGCAGUGCAGUAAGAAUCUGAAAGGUGAAAUGGACAAGAUACUAGAAGCUGUGAUGAUGUCUUCCUACCCCAACAAUGUGAAACAAGGGCUAGUGAGACGUGUCAUAGAGGCAAUAAAGCAGCCCAUGGACAGCGAGCAGUGCUGGUCCAUGCUAGAACUCUCCACCAAGCUGUACCUCAUGGGCGACACCAAGUUUAAGAGAGAGAUCGGCAAAGAGGUUUUGGAAGUUUACGGCCACUACCACCCGGAGGAGUUUGAGGAGUUCUUCAAUGUCCGAUUCCUCCUGAGUCUCCUCCAGGAAGGUUACGGGCCAGCGGGGAAACGGAGCUUUUACAUAUUAGAUUAUAUUCACCUGGGACUGCAGUUCAUCUUGGAGAGCCCGUCAGCUAGUGACAUUUUCAGCCUGCUGAGGAUUGAAGUGCUCCGCAAAGUCUGCGAGCGGCCUGGGCCCAAGCAGUGUGCUAAGAUCAGUAAGCUCUUAUCCCAGCAUCCUCAGUGUGUUCCCACGGGCAAACACCAGAUUUUGUUUUGCCAGCAGCUAAUACGGUGCAUUGGGCAGUUCCAGUGUAUCUCAGAAGGAGAAGAUGACAUCAUGGAGUUUCUAGACCACGUGAACAAAGUGAGUGGACUGUUACAGAAGAUCUGGAGAGCUCAGACUUCCUCUAUUCUGCCAUCCUUGAAGGAGCUUUUUACUAUCAUUUCUUCGACAGAGGAGCAGGAAGCUCCAUCGAAUGCCUUGGCCAGCGUGGUCCAAUACGUUCCACUAGAGCUCAUGGAUGGUGUCAUAAGAAACCUAACCAACGAUGACAGCAUAACGGAUAUGCAGAUGAUGACGGCAAUCAGUAGGAUGAUUGACUGGGUCUCUUGGCCCCUAGGGAAGAACAUAGACAAAUGGAUCAUUGCUCUACUGAAAGGUUUGGCUGCAGUGAAAAAGUUCAGCAUCUUGAUUGAAGUCACUCUUUUGAAAAUUGAAAAGGUCUUUUCCAAGUUGCUAUACCCCAUUGUGAGGGAGGGAGCGCUGUCCGUUCUGCUGUACAUGCUGCUGAGUUUCCAGCACUCACAUGAAGCAUUCCACUUGCUUCUUCCCCACAUUCCCAGACUGGUGGCCUCUCUGAACAAGGAAGACUCGAACUCAGCAACAAGCUGCCUGGAACAGCUGGCCGAGCUGAUCCACUCUAUGUUCUUCCGGUUUUCAGGAUUUCCAGAUCUCUAUGAGCCGGUCAUGGAAGCAGUCAAAGCUCUUCCAAUUCCAAAUGAAGACCGAAUUAAACAUUUAUUGGGACAAAAUGCUUGGACCUCCCAGAAGAAUGAGCUGGCCUGUUUCUACCCACGUCUAGCUUCCAAAUCUGACACAGGGAAGAUUGGGUUGAUUAACCUGGGGAACACCUGCUAUAUGAACAGCAUCAUUCAGGCUCUUUUCAUGGCCUCUGACUUUAGGCACUCAGUGCUGAAUUUAACCGAAAGCAAUUCUCAGCCCUUGAUGACAAAGCUCCAGUGGCUCUUUGCAUUUCUGGAGCACAGUCAGCGACCUGCUAUCUCACCUGAAGGCUUCCUCUCAGCCUCCUGGCCUCCUUGGUUUAGCCCUGGAGCUCAGCAGGACUGUUCUGAAUACCUGAAGUACCUGCUGGAUCGGCUACAUGAAGAAGAAAAAACUGGGAAAAGAAUUUACCAAAAGCUCAAAGAGUCCAGCUUGAUGCCUCAGGCUGAGGAGAACCACUACUUAAACAAGACAUUAAUUGAGAAAAUGUUCGGGGGUAAGAUGAUGACAAAAAUCCGCUGUCUGAAAUGUCUAAAUGUCUCCUCCCGAGAAGAAGCCUUUACAGACCUGUCCUUGGCUUUCCCACCAUCCAACCGACACAUGCGUCUGCAGAGCUACCCAGCAGUUUUACCAGUGGAAGAAAUCGGCCCACAGAUUAUUGAGCCACCCAUAAAACCACAGAGUCAGGCAAUGGAAUCUCCAAGGAGGCAAAGAAAGCACCCCGUGUCUGGAGAACCUCCCGUCCAGCUCUUGCCAGUAGAAACAGUAGGGUUCCAGGAAACAGAGGGACAAGCGACUCCUUUCAUCCUGAGAUCUGACAGAGAUCACAUCAGUCUGGAGGCAGUGAAAGAUCCACUGUUGGCUUUUGGAGAGCAGACCUGUGGCUCCGAGGACUCCAGAUCUGUCCCGGACUUGAUCAACUAUUUCUUAUCACCAGAGGUGCUGACAUCCGAAAAUAAAUAUCACUGUGAGAAGUGCGCUUCCCUGCAAGAUGCGGAGAAAGUGGCCGAGCUGACGGAGGGGCCACACUACCUUGUCCUCACCCUGCUGAGGUUCUCCUUUGACCUGAGGACCAUGAAGAGGAAGAAGAUCCUGGAUAACGUCUCAAUUCCAUUGGUGCUGAAGCUGCCGGUCCUGGUUGCCUCUGAGGACUCCGGUGAAGUUUGCCAGAACAGGAAUGGAUUUGUGUCCAUGGUGUAUGAUCUCUGCAGUGUGGUGGUCCAUUCUGGAGUCUCCUCAGAGAGUGGCCAUUACUAUUGUUAUGCCAGAGAGUGUACCAGUACUAGUGCCAGCAGUCAGCCAAGGGACGGGGCACAGAAAAGCACAUCAGACAAGCAGUUGGACUUUGAAAUCCAGUGGUACCUCUUCAAUGACACCAGGGUAUCCUUUUCCUCCUUCGAAUCGGUCAGCAACGUGACCUCUUUCUUCCCCAAAGACACGGCCUACGUGCUCUUCUACAGGCAGCGGCCUUCCAAGCAGAGCUGGGCCGUGCAUGAGGCUGUUUCAGAUGCCGUCCGGCUGCAUGGAGAACCUUCUCUCAGUAAAGACUUGAUGGAAGCCAUUUCCAAAGAUAACAUCCUGUAUUUGCAGGAGCAAGAAAAGGAAGCAAGGAACAGAGCUGCCUACAUUUCAACCUUGCCCAAAUCCCCUCUGUGGUGGAGAGAUUUUGACAGGGACAAGGAUGACGAAGGCUCCUCUGGGGGCUGUGGUCCAGCUGCUGGAGGCGGAGGCUCCGGCUCGUUUCAUGGACUAGUCUUCUAAAGGCGCCAUUGAACACGAACACUAACUAUAACCAACAAGCAAGAAGCCCCGCUUCAACUUCAUUUCUAAUCAAGCCAUGGGGCCCACAGAGGCCAGAGUCUCCUCUCACCUCUUUUGAAGUCAGUGUUACCAAGGAGAGGAGUUUGGCCCUGAAUCCUGUCUAAGUAGAAGGACUCGCUGCUGAUUCAGGGAACACAUUGCUGGUUGGAGUUAAAUCACUAGCACAUGGAGAUUCCCGUUGCUUUCUAUGCACUUGGUCUGAAUGCCUUAAAUAAUAUUACUAGCUUCUGAGCUCUGCGGUGAUGAGCUACUGACUGAUAACUAAGAGAAGUGCCACUUUCUUAACUGUAGCAUCAUCUUGCCUGCUGAGUGCACCAUUGAUCAAGACUGGGGCAGGGAGAGGGGCAGGGAAACAGGACUCUUUUGGAAAAGACCAAGUGCAGCACCAGUGACCCAAAUGCAGAGCCCAAAUCUUCCACAUGGAAAUGGGAUCUAUGGCCAAGAUCUUCCAGAAGGGCCUAGAGAUUUUCAGAUGCCUCAGGUUUUGGGUGCCCAACUUGCCGUACCCCUUAAAGGAGCCUGAUUUUCAGGAAGUGCUGAGUAUCUGCCCUCAGAAAAUCAGACCCCCUUUAAGGCAUCCCACAUUGGGCACCCAAAACCUGAGACACCUUAAAAUUGCUGGUCACUUCUGGAAAUCUUGCCUUGUUGAGAUCACAUGGUGCAGCAGCCACAGCUCCAUCUUAAUCCUAGCAGCCAGGCAUCUUGAUUCAAGAUGGAGUAUGGGAUGCCAGUAGAGUACACUGUCAUAGUGUCUGUGAUCACGACUCUUGGUAGUGGCUGGUUCCCAACAGCUCUUGUAGUCUGCCACUUCCUCACUUCCUGCAGGGCUGACUUCUCUGGUGUGAGUGGGAUGGAGUUGUGCUGUUUAUGCCCAAGGGGCUGGGUUCAAUUCCUACUGCUGACUGCGGUGUGUGUGUGAAUAUUGUGUAUCCAUAGAA